AUGAAUCCUGAUCGAAGAGCUUUAUCUUCUCGGUCACCCGCAACAAGGUAUGAAGUCCUCCUGGUCGAGGACACGCCAAAGAAAGGGCUAAGUGAAGAGCGAAUGACCACUUGCUUUCAUGUUUUUGAUGAAGUGAUUCCUUGUUUGGGAGUUUACAAAAAUGUUUUGAAGAUGCUGCGAGAUGAGCUUUACGACGCGGUGUACAGCAAUGAAUAUACAACAGUGCCACCGAAAAAAGGGAAGAGUAAGACUUCAUACAUCCAACGUAUUCCGUAUUUUGUCCUUGUCAAUCGUGUGUUUGAGGAACGCGACAAAAACGCAGACCAGUUGCAAGCAAACAUUACCGCCCUAGAAAACAAACUCAACGACAAAGACAAACAGCUCGAGGAAUGUAAUCAGAACAUCGACCAACUUAAAAAAUCGCUCAAAGAAAGCAGCGAUAAAAUCUACAACAUGGAAAUAGAAAUGGAAAACAACAACUUGGAGCAAAGAAAACUUGAAGCCAAUAUACAAUAUGAACAAAUGAUGCAGCAGGCCGCCAAAGACAGGUCAGAGAUAAAGUUAAUCCUGAAUCAAUACUAUUAUUAUUAUUAUUAUUAUUAUUAUUAUUAUUAUUAUUAUUAUUAUUAUAUUCAUAAUAAUUAUUAUUCCCGAGAGUGGGGGGCUCUCCUGGCAAUUCUUAGCGAGGGUGUACCACCUGGUCUUGGGACCUGGUUCUCCAAGGGCCAUUGCAUUUUAGUAAAAUCCAACUAGUGGUGUACUAUCAAUGCUGCAUUCUGAUUGGUUGAGCUACUACUAGGCUAUAUGAUAUAGCCUACUAGUAGUUAGUAGUUUAACUAGCUAAAAAUUUUUUAUUCUCGAUAUUUUUGACCAGUAGCCCUCAUGGGCUAUUGACUCAGAGCCCAUUUGGGCUCGAGUCGAGGAAUAAUUGUUAAUAAUAUCCAUACCCCCCCGCCCCCCGAGGACUUACCUAUUCUUCUUACCCCUGAAGAUUGGCAAAAAUUGCAUUCACCCGUGUAGACUUCCAUAAAAUAUGAGUUUACCCCUGAAGAAUGUGGAUUUACCCGUGAAGAAUUUUGUGAAAAUUAAACCUUCACCCCCAAAGAAUCCCAUAUUUUUUUACUCUACUCCUAAAGAAAUCCUCAAUGUUUAUAACUUACCCAUGGAGAAUUCCAUGGUUCCUCAACUAGGGGGUGCAGAUAUUAAAUGCAAUAGCCCCAAACCCUCGGACCCAGCCUCUAAAACCCAUACCCGUUUUCAGAUCUGGCCCCAGUUUUUCAAAAGUUGGGUAACGCUAUCCACUGGUUAAAUCUCUUUCCAGUAGAUAGUGUAAUAUUGGUUAACCAGCCAACCAGUUCGUGGCAAAAAAUACUCUGACUGAUGUUUAAUCUGGAUCAGGAAUUUCUGUCUUUUUUUAAAAACAGCUCAGCAAAUCACAUGAAGCAAAUAAAACCACAACAAUAAAAACAAACUUCAAUGCAUCCAUCAGUCACCCUAGCUAGGUAACCUAAAUGUAUGUAAGUCUGAGAUUCUAUGUUAGAAAUAUUGUUCUAGCCUUCAGGAGUAAUUCGUUACUUCAUUGCGACAACAUUGUUUUGUAUGAUCAAAACUGACUACACUUAUCAGGUAAUUACAGUAAAUAACUGGUAAAAGUGGUUGCUAGGAGCAGUGUAUCCAAUGUUACCAAGUUUGAGAUUCAAUAUUAAAACUAAAGGUAUAUUAUUUAAAUUUGUUUUGCUAGAUAUGAGAAGCGCAUUUCCAGCCUUAAAGAGGAACUCACUCAUGUCAAGGAAAGGAACAAGUUUCUUGAAAAGUUUAAAGAGGGAUAUGAUGCUUUAGAAGAGGCUUUCAAUGACUCGAAAGUGUUUGAGAAGAAACCACAGAAACCAGCUGUGUUAACAAGAAGGGCACAGAUAAUUCAAGACAUCGCUUCUGCAAAGCUUUUAGAAGAGCAACUUCUUACCAUGCAAAAUGCAGUUAUUGAAGAAUAUGAGUCAUUCCUGGAAAAGAACAAGGCUCUACCCACCACUAACAUUGAUUUGAAGAGCAGCGGGUCAGGAAGCAGCUUUCGCGUUACCCCAGAUGAUGAACAUGAGCAGAGAAUGAAGCUGGAAGAGGAGCUGCAUAAAGUCAAGGAGAGGUUCAAACAAAGUAUUGCUGAUGUUAAAAAUGAAUUCCAGCUCAUUGAAAUCCACAGGUCCAGCCUUGAGGACCAGUUGGCCCAGCUUGAGGAAGAGGCAAAUGCGAUGGAAAGAGAAGCAGCUGAAAAGUCGGAGAGGAAAAGAAGUCUCUUCCACAUUGAAAGGGAAAAAGGCAAGAAACCAAGUGAGCCUAGAGAAGAAGAAGAAGAAGAAGAAGAAGAGAUUGAUUUUGUGAAGAUUAUGAACAGUGCACACCAUCAAGACCCAUUUAUCCCACAUGAGAAAAUCCUUAGCAAGUACUCAGCAAUGAUGUAUUACUCUUGUAACCAAGGGAAACACUAUCAUGAGUUUAAAGAUGCAAAGUUUUGUGCUAGUUGCGGCGAGACCACUCUAAUCUGUCCGCACAAGAUUACCGAUCACAAGGUUGUAUCACUACCCCACAACUGCACUCAUAUUAAAAUCAUCAGACCAACAGUGCACAUUUCACUGGAAGAAAAGCAUCCUUUGCCUGUAGCUGAAACCCCAGAGAAUGUCCAAGCUCUUUCAGCGAGAACAACCAGUGCACUGUCAUAUGGAGAAGAUUCCAUCCUAAAAGCCCAGCAACACCUCACCACUUCAUACAAAUUUCUUUGGGAUGAUUUCUAUUCUCGUACUUCCACUAAUCGGCAGAUUCCCCGGUCGCUGCCCGAGAAUCUUGUAUCAUCAGUUAUUGAACAGUUUUACUCUUACCUGAUCUGGCAAGAUGAUUAUGCUGUUGAAGAUGAGCAGAUAAUUUCAGUGGUAGACACUUUGUACUCUUUCUUCCAGGAACGUUAUCUCAUUCCAGAUGUCACGUAUCUUGCUGUGUAUGACUUCUUUACAAGCGUGAUUAAAUUUGCAUCAGCUAACAAGAGCAUUGAGCUUUUCGCGCAAGCAAUGUGUGGUAGCAUAGAUCCUGUUGUGAUUCGUUACGUCUUGCUCAUGAACGAAUUCAUAGAUUUGGUCGAAUGGGUGGCAGUCAAAGACAUCAGGACAUUUGCACAUGUUGUAUACCCCUUCAUGAAUGAAGAAGAUAUCGAGCAAUUCUCCAUGGGGUACACAUCCUUCAGUGAGAACAAGAUUUCCAAGGAACUAGUAUCAGAGUAUUUUCUUUACAUUAUUCUAAAGUACAGAGAACCUUGCUUUCAAGAAAUGGAAGUCAAGCUUCUACAGCAACCUGGACGAAGACCAGGCUUUAUGACCGACAUUGAAUAUGCUGAAGCCAUUGACAAUAUCUGUCCACUGGCUUCAGAACGUCUGAGGAGACGACUGUUUGUUGAGUCUGUAGAACACAUGGGAAGCGCUGAUGACUCAGUGUCAGUGAUGCGAUUAGCACAAAUCACUGGUUAUCUGACACUACUACAAUUGAUGCCAGUCAUAAAGAACUCUGUAUCUCAGAAGGUUGAUGAGGCACGUCUGGCAAGUGAAGGAGGCCAGUCCUCACCUUCCGAUGUUCCGUCAGGUGCUGCUUCCAAACCUGGGAAAUUUCAGACAACAACCACUGCACGUGCAGUAGCAGCUGAGAAUGCCAAACGUGCAAGAACAAGGCAACUUAAAAGGAUUGACGAGUAUCAGUAUGAUUAA